AUGACACUAACGGACCUCUUGAUGACCAUGGCGGAUUCUGGUGGUAAGCCCAGAAACAAGUCACGCUCUGAGAAGAAAGCACAGACCACUCAGCCGAGCAGGGUGGACAGGCUGAAGGCUGUUGUUCGUCGUCUACCACCUAAUCUGCCAGAGGACGUCUUCUGGCAAAGUGUGCAACCCUGGGUGACGGAUGAAAGUGUUUCAUGGCGCACGUUCUAUUCCGGAAAAGUCAGGAAGAAAUACAACAAAGAGAACACACCCUCCCGUGCAUAUAUUGCAUUCAAGACUGCUGAACAACUUGCAACUUUCAGUCAGGCAUACGAUGGGCAUAUAUUUCGCGACAAAUCCGGUAUGACCCCUAAUCUGUCGUACCACUACUCUUACCGACAAGUCAAAGGCAACGAAUCUGUUGCGAUAGUCGAGUUCGCGCCUUCACAGAAAGUCCCCUCUGAAAAGCGGAAACUGGAUCCAAGGAUGGGUACCAUAGAUCAAGGUAACUCGCGCCCCCUCAAUACGUCAUUGAUUUACACUCAGAAUGACAUAUGGUCCAUAGACGAAGAUUUUAUUUCAUUCUUUACAGCACUAAAUACCCCUGCCUCCAAAACGACUGAGACGGAUGCGAUUGAAGCGCUCGUUGCAGCAUCCCAGCCACCUCCGCAGCCAAAAUCAACACCUCUUCUUGACGCUCUCCGUGCAGAGAAACAAGCGCAGCGUGACAGAGAGACAAUACUCAAGGCACAUGCCCACUAUCGUGAUAGGGACAGAGAAGACGUUGGUGGACGAAAAAGGGGCAAGCAGCCACAACAAGCCCAGGCCGGUGAACGUGAUGAAACUGUGCAUGGACCAAGUCCUGGAAAGAGGAACAGACGUGGCGGUAAGAGGGGUGAAGCACAAGCUACUGCUGCUCUAAAGGUCAAGGACAAAGAGGCCGUUUCAGUUGGACCCGCGAAGUCGGGUCCGAAGACCUUAGCAAAACCAUCCGCCCAGCAAGCAACGGUAAUCUCUACAAAGGAUGUCGCUAGGGAUACAGCACCAGACCGUCGACCUCGACCUGUGAUUGGAGUCGGGCUUGCGUCUCGACAAUUUGAAGCUGCAUUGACUGGUGCUGGCGUAUUUCCGGGAGGUGGGUCAGAACGGAAGUCACGGCGUGAACGCGAGCGUGAAAGAAAGGCGAAUGAGACAGCUCUGCCUCGUGACGACACCCAUAAGGCAGCAGAGAAACCAGAGAAACCGACGACAGCUAUCCCGGGGAAGGAUCGUUCGCGAGGAGGCCGUAAGCGCGGAGACAAUUCCAAAAACCUAACGGGACCUAUUGCAGCGAGCGGGGCGGAGAAUGCAACAGAAGAUCCGGUUCCCGUCAUACUUUCUCGUACCAGCACCCAACCUAGUAAACUUCAACGUCAGACAACUGUCACGACUGAAGGUGCAGCAUCUAUGUCUAACCUUGCAAGUGGUAGUAGUCCUGGCAUCCCAGGAGAAGGGCGUGGUGGAGGGCGUAGGGGAGGCUGUGGAAGAGGUGUGUCUCAAAGUGAGGCACCAGCUAGCAGCACUCCAGCUAGUAGUGUAUAAUGUACUAAAGACCUUCCAACCUUAAUAUUGGCUGCUCAAUUACUCCAUGUUUAUUGGCUUGUAAAGCUAUAUAAGG